GAGUUACCAAGUUUAGAGUCUGGUCAAGCUGUAAAUUAAGUAAUUACACAAGUAGCAAAGGUCCAUAAUUAGAAUCUGAUCCGGGUCAUACGAAUCUGAUCACAAAACAUGUUCCUUCUAAAAAUACAAAUAAAGAAGGAUGUGGAUGAUUCUUGUCCACUGGAUCCAAUUAACUAAAUCCUCUCUUAACAAGCUUGUGUCUUUCACGAGUCCUGUCUAUAUAUAUAUUCAUCGAAUCUUCUCUCUGGUAAUGAGAGCUUAAGACCAAACUCUUAACUAACUUUCAGAUAUAUAAAAAGCUUAUACAUAUAGUUGGGAGAUACAUUUAUAUAGUUUUAAGUCUGUAUACUCUAUAGAUCUCUCUGAUUAUAUUUUCUGGUAGUUACUAACGUGGUGGUGUAUUAAUCAUGGCCGAUCAAAUCACCGGCGAGAAGCCGGUCGGAGUUAAUAGAUUCGCUCUUCAAUGUGCUAUUGUCGCCUCCAUCGUUUCCAUCAUCUUCGGUUACGAUACUGGUGUGAUGAGUGGAGCGAUGGUGUUUAUAGAAGAAGAUUUGAAGACAAACGAAGUUCAAAUCGAAGUUCUCACCGGGAUUCUCAACCUUUGUGCCCUCGUCGGAUCAUUGCUCGCCGGAAGGACGUCGGAUAUAAUCGGACGGCGUUACACAAUCGUCUUGGCCUCAAUAUUAUUCAUGUUGGGUUCGAUUCUGAUGGGUUGGGGUCCGAAUUAUCCAGUUCUCCUCACCGGUAGAUGCACUGCUGGACUCGGAGUUGGUUUUGCUCUAAUGGUUGCUCCAGUUUACUCGGCCGAGAUAGCAACAGCUUCACAUAGAGGACUCUUAGCUUCUCUUCCUCAUCUUUGUAUCAGUAUAGGAAUCUUAACCGGUUAUCUCGUGAAUUACUUCUUCUCCAAGCUACCUAUGCAUAUCGGUUGGAGACUCAUGCUCGGUAUAGCCGCGGUUCCGUCCCUAGUGCUAGCUUUGGGGAUAUUGAAAAUGCCAGAGUCUCCUCGGUGGUUGAUUUUGCAAGGCCGUCUCAAGGAAGGCAGGGACAUCUUGGAAUUGGUAUCGAAUUCAUCUGAAGAAGCAGAGAUCCGAUUUCAAGACAUCAAAACUGCUGCGGGGAUCGACCCUAAAUGCAAAGACGACGUUGUUAAAAUGGAGAACAAGAAGACUCAUGGUGAAGGAGUGUGGAAAGAACUUAUUUUGAGACCAACCCCUGCAGUGAGACGAGUUCUUUUGACCGCUCUUGGGAUCCAUUUCUUCCAGCACGCGACCGGUAUCGAAGCCGUGCUUUUAUACGGUCCGAAGAUCUUCAAGAAAGCAGGAAUCACGGCUAAAGACAAGCUUUUCCUUGUUACAAUCGGUGUCGGGAUCAUGAAGACGACGUUUAUAUUCACAGCGACUUUCUUGUUAGACAAGGUAGGUCGGAGGAAGCUUUUGUUGACCAGUGUUGGAGGUAUGGUCAUAGCGUUGACAACGUUAGGAUUUGGGCUUACAAUGGCCCAGAAUUCCGGUGGGAAAUUGGCGUGGGCUUUGGUUCUAAGCAUCGUCGCAGCUUACAGUUUUGUGGCAGUUUUCUCUAUUGGGCUCGGCCCAAUAACUUGGGUCUACAGUUCUGAGGUUUUCCCAUUGAAACUUCGGGCACAAGGAGCGAGUCUCGGCGUUGCGGUGAACAGAAUCAUGAACGCCACCGUGUCGAUGUCGUUCUUGUCGUUAUCUAGAGCGAUAACUACCGGAGGAGCUUUCUUUAUGUUCGCCGGAGUAGCGGCGGUGGCUUGGAAUUUCUUCUUCUUCCUCAUGCCGGAGACGAAAGGUAAAUCACUAGAAGAAAUCGAAGCGCUUUUUCAAAGGGACGGUGAUAAAGUACGCGGCGAAAACAACAGCUUUAUAUCUGAGAUCGAGAUGAAGGAGGACGAUGCGUUGCCGACGACGACGGCUAAUUCAGGUACGGCGACGGGAACAGCUAUGGCGAAUUCGAAGAAGGAAAACUCUGAUUCGAUCUUGUUUGGAAGAGGUCGAUACAAGUUCUGGGCGUUUGGUGCGAUUUUGCUUUUGGCUUUUUGGUCCAUGUUUACUGGCACCGUGACUCUCCGGUUAACCACCGGGAAUCUAAACCGGUUCUCUGAAGAUCUCGGGAUUCCAAACUACGAUAACCUCGACGUUCUGGAAAUGGAAGAGAGGGAGAAAGUGGUGAAGCAUAUGUGGGAUGCGUAUACGAGUAGUCGUCGGAUCAAACUGCCUAGAUUUUGGCAAGAGGCUUUUGUAGCUGCUUAUGAAGAACUCACUAGUGAUGUCCCUGGUGUUAGAGAUGCUGCUAUUGGUGAAAUCGCCAAGAUGUCCGUGCAGUCUAUUACUAUUGAUCCACCUCCUUCCAGAUCAAUGAUCGCAAGGGAUUUGGGAAGAAACUUGAAGAGAAUUCUACACAAGCCAGCAACAAGUAGCUGAUAAUGGUAUUGUUGGUAUCACACGUUUACAUGUAAACCCUCCGAUCAUAUGGAGCUAAAAGAUGAACUACCAAAUGGAUAGUUCAAUUUGGAAUAUUAAAUUUUCUUGUUUCGAGAUCAAUUUAUAUAUUCUAUCGAUUGAAAAGUUACAUAGAGCUAUAUAUAUGAAACAAUGGAUCCUUAUGAUACAUCUAUUCUUCUAAAUUUGUGACUCCUGAA